AUGGAAUUGCCCUUCCACCGGCGGUCAGAGAAGACGUAUGUGAUAUCGAUGUCGGAAGAUCGAGGCCAAUCGCCCUUAAAUGUCAUCCAGUUCAGGGAGAAGCUGGUAGACGUGAUCAAGAGUCUAUUGUCUGGCAGGAUGAUCAACUACUCUAGAUCACCGUGUGCUUCCCCGGUCGUGGUGACCAUCAAGAAGGAUGGAGUGGAUAUGAGGUUAUGCAUCGAUUAUAGGUUGGUUAACAUUCUAACCCAGCUGAUGAUCUACGCAAUGCUUUUGAUCAACGACCUACUUCAAGAUCUGGAGGCAACCCUCUGGUACUGUUCUUUGGAUAUGGCAAGUGGAUUUUGGGUGGUGAAACGGACGGAUCGUGCUCAUUUUGAUCUCGGCUUUUGUCACUCCUUUUGGAUUAUUUGA